GCCCUCCCCAGCGCCAUGCUGGGCUCGCGGGGCGCGCUGUGUGCGGGGCGCCUGCGGGCUGCGGGGCAGGCGUGGCUGUGGGGCCCGCUGGGCCGCCCCCCUGCCCUGGCGCGCGGGGCCGGUGCGCCCCGCCGUGGGGACCGGCAGCCCCGGGGCUGGCCGGAGCCGCGCGGGCGCCCGCUCGGCCUGUCGGCGGCGGCGGUGGUGAACUCGGCGCCCCGCCCUCUGCAGCCCUAUCUGCGCCUCAUGCGGCUGGACAAGCCCAUCGGAACCUGGCUACUGUAUCUGCCAUGUACCUGGAGCAUUGGUUUGGCCGCUGAACCAGGCUGUUUUCCAGAUUGGUACAUGCUGUCCCUCUUUGGCGCUGGAGCUGUUCUGAUGCGUGGAGCAGGCUGCACCAUUAACGACAUGUGGGACCAGGAAUACGAUAAAAAGGUUACAAGAACAGCAAAUCGCCCAGUAGCUGCUGGAAACAUUUCAACGUUUCAGUCCUUUGUUUUUCUUGGGGGACAGCUGACCUUGGCACUAGGUGUUCUUCUGUGUCUCAAUUACUACAGUAUAGCUCUGGGAGCAGCAUCCUUACUUCUUGUCGUCACCUACCCACUAAUGAAAAGAAUUACAUACUGGCCUCAAUUAGCCUUGGGGUUGACGUUUAACUGGGGAGCGUUGCUUGGAUGGUCUGCUGUCAAGGGUUCCUGCGAUCCCUCUGUCUGCCUGCCGCUUUAUUUCUCUGGAGUGAUGUGGACACUAAUGUAUGAUACUAUUUAUGCCCAUCAGGACAAGAGAGAUGACGCUCUGAUUGGUCUGAAGUCCACGGCGCUGCUGCUCGGUGACAACACCAAGCAGUGGCUCAGCGGCUUCGGCGUCGCCAUGCUGGGGGCUCUGGGCCUGGUGGGAGUGAACAGCAGCCAGGCCGCCCCCUACUACGCUGCCCUGCUCGCCAUGGGAGCCCAUCUGGCUCACCAGGUUUACACUCUCGACAUCCACAGACCCGAGGACUGUUGGGAGAAAUUUACCUCCAACCGAACAAUAGGACUAAUGCUGUUUUUAGGGAUUGUGCUCGGGAAUUUGUGGAAAGAAAAGAAGACGGACAACACAAAGAAAAGCACAGAGAGUAGUAUAGAAAAUUAGUGAGUGAAACUUAUCUAGGAAUCAAUAAAACAGAUUUUUACAAAGAACCCAAAGAAGAAGAUUUAGAGCAUUUUUGCCUGGAUUUUAACUCAGCUGUUUGCUAGCAGAACUCUUCCCCUGUCACAGAGACCAGAGACUCUUCGGGACUUGAGAUGACCUUGAAUGUUUAAGUUGACACAUUCUUCAGUCCAUGACAAUCCCCAUGUGAAGUAUGGCAAUUGUAUGAGUUUGGCACUUUAUUUUAUUUU